GGCCCCGCGGGCGGGAGGAGGUUGUUGGUGGUCGGGAGCGUCUCUGAGGCGAUACCGGGCGAGGGUCGGAGGCCGGGAGGGAUGCGCUGAGGCGAUGGUCCCUGAGGGCAGCUCGAAGGGGAAGAAGCGGGUCCCGGGGGCCGCCUUCCUGCUCGCCUGGCUCCUCGCCGGCUCCCCUCACGGCGCCCUCGGCCGCUUCCCGGGACCUCCCGUCGUGCUGGUGCCUGGAGAUUUGGGUAACCAGCUGGAAGCAAAGUUGGACAAACCGUCUGUGGUGCACUAUCUUUGCUCCAAGAAGACAGACAGCUACUUCACUUUGUGGCUGAACUUAGAACUGCUGCUUCCGGUGAUCAUUGACUGCUGGAUAGAUAAUAUCAGGCUGGUUUACAAUCGAACUAGUGGAACGACCGGGCCCCCCAUUGGGGUUGAUAUCAGGGUCCCUGGAUUUGGGCAUACGUUUCCUUUGGAGUUUCUUGACCCUAGUAAAAGAAGUGUUGGUACCUACUUCUACACACUGGUUCAGAGUCUGGUAGAUCUGGGCUAUCAACGGGAUGUGGACAUUAGAGGCGCUCCUUACGAUUGGCGGAAGGCACCAAACGAGAACGAAGAGUACUUUGUCGACCUCCGGAAGCUGAUCGAGGUGAUGUACGAAGAAUACGGCGAGCCAGUGGUGUUAAUUGCUCACAGCAUGGGGAAUAUGUACACACUUUACUUCCUCAGACAGCAGUCCCAAGAAUGGAAGGACAGAUACAUACGGGACUUCGUGUCGCUGGGCGCCCCGUGGGGCGGAGUGGCCAAAACCCUCCGAGUUCUAGCAUCAGGCGACAACAACCGAAUCCCGGUCAUCAGCUCCUUCAAGAUCCGAGAUCAGCAGCGCUCGGCCGUUUCAACCAACUGGUUGCUCCCUUACAACUAUACGUGGUCCCCAGACAAGAUUUUCGUCAGCACGUCGUCCGCCAACUAUACUCUCCAGGAUUACCGCAAGUUCUACGCCGACAUUGGCUUUGAGGAUGGCUGGCUCAUGAGAAAAGAAACCGAGGCCUUGGUCUACGAGAUGACGCCUCCGGGGGUGCGCAUACACUGCCUUUAUGGCUCCGGGGUGGAAACGCCGGACUCGUUCUUCUACGACGUCUUCCCGGACAAGGAGCCCAAGAUUUUUUACAGCGAUGGCGACGGGACCGUGAACUUGCAGAGUGCCUUGCAGUGCCAGAAGUGGGUGGGUUGGCAGAAACAGCCGGUGUUGCUCUACGAGCUGCCCCGAAGUGAACACAUAGAAAUGCUCUAUGAUCCCCUAACCAUUUCCUACGUUAAAAAGGUCCUCUUUGGCUCAUGACCUGUUGGAGAGCAUCUUUUUUUUGGCUCCAUAACUUUGGAAGGCGAGGGGAAGGAAAGAAGGUUGUCCUGGAC